AUGAUGGAACACAAAUUAAAUGAUUUUGUAGACUGGAACAUGAAACCGGUUAAGUUUACGAUAUUGAUUGCACCUUUCCUCAGUCGCUGUUCCCUACAUAAAACUAUCUACGCUUAUAAGUCAACGUUGACAAGUCUAAUUGUUUAUGGGGAAGUGGACUCUGUAAUUCCACGAGAAAUGACUGAAGAAACACUGGAUAUAUUCCUGUCUAAACCACAAGUAUUUCUGCAUAACGGUGGUCAUUACAUUCCUACACAUACGACUGCGAAACAAGUUUAUACUGAUAUGAUUUCAAGAUUUAUCGACAUAAAACAGUGA